ACCACAGAGAGAUCGUGAGUACAUCUUUGGCGUUGUUCAAUAAGAAAAUAUGGACUUGUGUUGAAUUACGCAGUUAAUGAGGAGCAGACAGGCGGCCUCAGUCCUUUUUGGGUGGUAUUUUCAGUGCCAGCAGAAGAUGAAAACACAGCAGGUGAGUGUGGGUUGAUGCUGUCCCCAUCACAAGUGCCAUAGAUGGUCACUUCUCUGAGAGAGGAAUGGAGGGGCUGUGACAGACGCAGUCCCUUCGGCUGCUGCUGGUGCUCCCCUCCUGCCAACAGAAGACAUCUCCCAGCUGACCCUGUGUGCAUCACUGCGGGGUGAGGGUCCUUCACACCUCAUAGAAGUCUGUUGGUCGCUUCUGCCUGCUCUACAGCUGCUGCUCAGCCUUGCAGGCAUCAGAGGGCAUGGGAAAUGGGGCUGCAGUGCUGGCGGAUGGGAGCUGCAGCGUGCAUGCCCCGGUGUUGGCAGCCCUAUGCAUUGCCAGUGCUUGAGUUUGGUUUUGGGAUGUUUUUUAGAGAGAUGAAAAGUGUGCCCAGUUCAGCCAGUGAUGGGAAAGCUGUUGUCGGUACUGCGGAACACUUUGCUGUAGAAAUCUGAAAAUAUCAAAGACCACACUGUGCUGCUGGAGCUCUGUAGGUUAAAAUGUGCUGUAACAUUUCAGGGUCUUUCGGUAGUAUUUGAAAGUGAUAAAGCAGUGGUCUCAGCAGAAGGCAAGCAGAUGUCUCGGCUGGCUCGUCCCGACAGUCCUGCCAUUCACUCAGCAAUGACCUUUACCCAGGUCACCUUAUCUUCCUUGCAACUCAACUGGAUCGUUAUAAGGGGCACCAAUGUGACAUUCUUUUGAAAUGGGUUCAAAAUCUGCCCUCUGUGGGCAGAGGGAAGCACUGUGCCUGCAGACCUGCUCAGAGGUUGUCAGGGUGCUCGGGCCGUAGCUCAAGUCAUUAGGAUUAGUUCAUAAAGCCCCUCGUAAUCCACAUCUUAAGAAUCUGAAAGGUCACUUGUGGUCCAGUAAUCCCGAGUAGUGAACGGGAAGAAUUAGUGGUGAUUGUUUUGAUCCUAAACCACCUCUUAAGAUAAAUGCUGGCCUCUGCCCCAAAAGCAUAUGUGUGUUAUUUCGGUGGGGUCCCAGAGGCUGUGCCAGAAGUGAGCAGCUGGGCUGUCACACAACAUGACACAGCACAGAGUGUUUAAGCAAUCGUUUUAACAUUGGAAGGGAUGACCAGGAGGAUGCGUGUGCUCACCUGUAGCCGUUGUGUUGCACCUGCUCAGCACCAGGAUCCCCACACCCUCCCCAAAACCUCCCAGUGUGGUGCCAACCAGAGGAGCAAAGGGAGCUCUGGUGCUGGGACAGUGGGCUGGGAUCCUCCUGUGGUGCUGGAGAGAAGUGGCACAUCUGUCCAGGGUGCAGAGCAGGUGCCAGGCGGUGAUGCUGUGGAUGCAGUUUUCUGUGUGCCCUGAGGGCCUGGCUUGCUGUGAUGUAUGGAUACAUCAGUGCUGGUGGUGUCAGGGCACGUGCAUGUGGCAGGAGGGUUGGAGGUUCAUGAUCCUUGAGGUCCCUUCCAACCCACUCUGUGAUUCUGUGGAAGGGAUCACUGCGCAGUGGAACUGCAUGGGAGCGCCUGGCUUUGCCCCGCAGAGUGAUGCUGGCACGCUGUCCUUGCCGUGUUCCAUCAGGGGGUCCCUGGGGGCCACCCAGCCCUUACUGUGGGAGGGAAAAGCAGAGGGAAGGAGAUUAAAAGAUUUGCCAGCAGCAGCAAGCAGUCAGCGGCUGGGCUGGGAAUAGAAACCACACUCCUGGUUUCCACUCCCUGAACCUGGCUGCCAGACUGUAUUAGUAAUGCAAAUGCAAAUACAGAGAAACGAACGUUUCCUUUUGCAAACCCGCCCUGCUCACAGGUUGUCCCUUUGAGUCGGGGCUGCUUGCAGUGAGGUGACACGCAGCACCCAGCAGUGCAGGCCCUCGUGUCCGUGCUGACACAGCAGCGCUCAGUAGGGCAGGCUGCUGCUCGGAGCGCUGCCAUCGCUGUGUUUAAGGAAGCCCGAAGGGAUGCGGUGGUGAUAGCCAUCAAUAGACCUUUGUGUUCCCCAAAAUGUUCCCUCUCACUGCAUGCCACAGGCUCGGGGUUGGCAGCUUGGGAGCAGGCUGGCAUUUUAACUAGUAGGUAUUGCGUUUGUGGGUGGUGGUGAGUCAGACACAAAUGAGAUGUGCAGCAGAACGGGGCCGAGGGGCGGGCAGUGCCAUCGAUGGUCUCGUGCCUUUGGGUUUGUGCUCGCUUUAGUUCUGUUCCCACAUUGCUCCUCUAUGUCGUAAACAAGCAACAGGAUCAAAAAGUAAAAGCGGCGUGUGGAUGCCACCCAACCAAAAGUCAGAGCAACUUCACGGGAGGAACAGCGUUUGGAAACGCAGCACUGAAUCGUCCAAAUAGAGUCCAUGUUAAAGGCUCUUAGAGAAGCAGUUUGGGGGCAAUCUCUCUUUAAAGGAAGGGCAGCUGGUUGCCUCCAUGCUCGCAGGGCCGUGGUCAGGGCUGCGUUCUGCUGGUGUCACUUCCACAUGUCUUUGUAUCUCAUGUUUGUGUAUGGUGCAGAAAGGGCUGCAGGAGGGAAGGGGAUGUGCUCUGUAGUGGUUCUGUGCCAUAGGACAAAGGGUGAACAGUCUCAAACAGAAAGAAGGCAGAUUUAGAUUGGGUAUGAGGAAAAAGUUUUUUAUGAUACAGGCAGUGAGACAAUGGCACAGGGUGCCCAGAGAGGAUCUGUGCUAUUGUUACUGCUCAGGGCUCAAGCAGUGAGCUGUUCCCCUACCCCUUGCUGUGCAGUUACAGUGUGACACCCCCAAAAUGGGCCGUUGUGCCCCACUGCCCCUCACUGGCCCCAGGGCUGAGGCAGGAGAGCUCAGCUGCUGGCUCUGUCCUCUGUGUCAGACAGCAGCUAAUUGGGAAGGGCUCAGCCUCCAAAUGCUUUGCAAACACCAGGGUAAUGACUUCCUUUCCCAGCUCCAGACCCGUGGGUGGUUGGCACUCAGGGUAAGGGCUUCUCUUCCUGUGAUUCUCCUGUGCUGGAUGACCCUGCUUGACCCGGGGAAUUUGACUUUUCAAAAGGUUCGUUUACUCCUAGAUAAAGAUUAAUUUUCAUUUUAAUUUUUAACCUAAAUCUCAUGGGAAUGUGUUUUUGCAUUCCAUCCAAGAUGCUGUUAUCAGUGCCCAGCUCUGCCCCCUCUAUGGCUUGCUUCACCUACGAGGUAAUGAGUAACCCCCCUUCCUCUGCUGGGCUGGGACCAGUGCUGGGCUCCACGUGGUUCUGUGCCACAGUGUGAGGAGGUGCAGUUCCUACACCACGGAGCCCCAAGACCUUCCAGCAGUGAUGGUAGCAAUGCUGGGUCAGCCCCAGGGGAGCUGCAGCACAGCACAGCCCUCACAGCACAGCCCUCUGCCCCCAGUGCUCUGCCCAGAGCUGCACAGACAGCCGUUGUCCCCGUGGGGACACGCAGCUCUUCUCCAGACUCCCGGUCUCCUGCUCUCACCGCAGGAAAACGUUGUUGUGUGUAAUGAGGGCGGGUUUGGGAGGGAGCACUGCGGGGUGGGAGCCGUGCUUGGUCUCCUCUGUCUGGCAGCUCUCACUGCAGUCAGUGGGAGCAGCAGGCCUGGCGCACAGCCACGCAGCAGCUCUGCAAGACACACAGGUCUUGUGUCCCUUUUGGUGUGGAAAGAGGGGAAGUGGCACCAGGUGACACUGCACAGCCGCAGGAAGAAGUGCACCCCGUUCAUAAAAGCAGGACGCAUGGAAUUGAACCACAGCUUUGUGGUUUGCAGUGCUGAAUUCAUUUUUCACCAGCGUCUGCUCCAGCAGCAAGGAACACUGCCUGUCUCUGCAAUCCCUUGCAACUGGGGGGUCCCUGCAUAGGGAUGGACCUGGUGGUGCUGGGCAGCCCCCAGCCCUAAAUUCCCUGAGUGAGGCUGGGAAAGGGACUGGAAGCCCGAAGCAGAGCAGAGGAGCUGCAUGUGGCUGUGUGCUCAAUGGGUGUGAUGUGACGGCACAAGGUGUGCUGCAAGGCUGCCAAGGGAAGGAGGCGUCUGUAGGUAGAGCUUUAGGACAGCCCAGAUUCACUAAAUAGGAAGAGAUAAGGAACAGAGCUCCACAUCUGCAGAGGGAGGUAACAAGUGCAUCCCGAAUCUUUUGCAGAUUGUCUGGUUCUGUUUUUCUUCACUGGGAGAAAAUGCUUCGCUGGAGGGGGAAGCAGCUGGAAGGGGCUGUGUGCAGCUUCAUGCAUCCCCUGGAGCAAAUCAGUGCACUGCAGGACCUGCUGCACCUGUGCUGUGCUGUGCUGUGGGGUGGGUGCUGGCUGUGAAGGAUUAUUUGGGAUUGACAUUUGUAAGCUAUCGAAAGUGGACAGUGAAGAGCUGCUGGUGACCAGAGAUGAGGUUGGAUGAGACGAUGAAAGAGAUGGAGAGAGAGAAUAUAAAGAGAGAUUUCAUGAUUGCUGCCUAAUUGUGAAACAGGUGUGGGUCUGUCAGGUUCUGGACAAAUUAUUGCAGGCAGAAGAAUUGCAGUGAACCCAGUCAGCUCCAGAACCCUCACCUCCCCGCACUGUGUUCGGACUUUGCCUUUUGCAGACAAAAAUUCCCAAUUUUGUGAGGUAUGGGCGUGGAGGGAAGGAUUGUGCAAAGCCCAGCGGCAGCCCUGGCAUCAAAUACUCUCAAUAAAUACAAUGUGAGUGUCCUAAUCAACAACUCAGCAGAGUGCAGAAGGACAGACUCCUCCAGCAUGGCUGCCCUGCUGCCCCUGCUCAGCUGUGGGCUCUGCGCUGCGCUUUUCAUCGCUGCACUCCUCUGUGUUGUAAAAGGUUUUAAACAAUCAGCUUUAAAUUUGCCUCCUGGUCCGUUUCCUCUCCCCAUCAUCGGCAACCUGCACCUGCUGGACAUCAGGAGGCAGGACAGGUCUCUGAUGAAGAUUUCAGAGAAAUAUGGGCCAGUGUUCACUGUCCACCUGGGGAUGCAGCAGGCGGUGGUGCUGAGCGGCUACGAGGCAGUGAAGGAUGCACUUCUGAACACAGCAGAUGUGUUUGCAGACAGACCUGCUAUCCCCAUCUUCCAUCACAUCCAGCAUGGAAAUGGUGUGUUCUUCUCUUCCCAAGAGCUCUGGAAGACAACACGGAGGUUCACCUUGGCAGCUAUGCGGGAUCUGGGCAUGGGGAAGCGGCUUGCGGAAGAAAGGAUGCUCGAGGAGCUGCAGUUUCUCAUUGAGCUGAUCAAAUCUUUCCAAGGUGGGCCGUUCCGACUUCGGCUUUUGAACACAGCCCCCACUAACAUCACCUUUGCUAUACUAUUUGGGAGAAGGUUUGACUAUGGAGACCCAACGUUUGUCACUCUGCUACGACUCAUUGAUGAAGUUAUGCUCCUUCUUGGCUCCCCUUUCCUGCACCUAUUUAAUUUCUACCCGUUUCUUGGAUUUCUUCUCAAACCUCACAAGAUGAUACUGAAAAAAGUAGAAGAGGUGUGUGUGAUCCUAAAGAAACAUAUCCAGGAAAGCAAAGCAAAUAUUAAUGGAAACAACCUGAUGAGCUACAUCGAUGCACUGGUCUUCAAACAAGAGGAGGAUAAUAAAGGCAGCACCCUUUUUCAUGAUGCAAAUGUGUUGGCCUCUGCUCUUGACUUGCUCAUGGCUGGCACUGAAACAACAUCCACCACCCUGCAGUGGGCCGUCCUGCUGAUGAUGAAAUACCCUGAGAUUCAAAAAAAGGUGCAUGCAGAGAUUGAGCGCGUUCUUGGCCCUGACUGCCUGCCUACCUUUGAGGACCGGAAAAACAUGCCCUUCACCAACGCAGUCAUCCACGAGGUGCAGAGAUUUGUCACCCUUCUGCCACACGUUCCGCGCUGCACCUCUGCUGACACCCAUUUUAAAGGCUAUUUCAUACCCAAGGGAACAACAGUGAUUCCUCUGCUCUCCUCGGUGCUGCUGGAUAAAACACAGUGGGAGACGCCAGACGAAUUCAAUCCCAACCACUUCCUUGAUGCAGAUGGGAACUUUGUAAAGAAGAAAGCGUUCCUGCCCUUCUCCACAGGGCGGAGAAACUGCAUUGGAGAAAGCCUUGCCACUGUGGAGCUCUUCAUCUUCUUCACGGGCCUGAUGCAGAAGUUCACCUUUAAGCCUCCACCCGGGGUGAAGGAAUCAGAGCUGAACAUGACAGCAGAGGCCGGGUUCACCAUGCGGCCGUCCCCGCAGUGUGCCUGUGCUGUGCUGCGCCGUGAGCCACAGCCUCAUAGUGCACCACAACCCAUGUAGCUGUUCAACUGCUGCGGAGC